AGUCACAAGAGAGAGAGUGUGUGUGACUAUGUGCUCUGUUGCUGGGCAGUGGUUACUGUUACCCUCUCCGAUUCUCCAUCACAGCAUCUCUCAGCCCAUCCUUACAGCUAAAGGUUCCAGCUUUGAUUUCUAUGAACUGAAAUGAGCUCCCACACUGCUUCGCCGAUCGAUUCUAACAACAGUUUAGCUAUCACAUCUUUGUAAAGUGAUUUCUCUGCGAUGUCAUCAAGCUCUUAACUGUAUGUCUGCUGGAACAAUCUAUCAGCUUGGUGCCUCAAAUGAUUUGCAAUAGAUCUAUGCUUGUCAAGUGCCAAAAUGGGCGGGAUUCAUCUAAAAUUUGGCCAGCCAUUGAUUUUAUACAACCUGCUACUUCUACUCUGCAUUUUGGUAGAAGUUCAUCCUCUCAGUCUUGAUGGUCAAGCACUUGUUAACUUUAGAAUGGCAAUAAUUAGUUCAGAUGAUGUUCUUCUCCAGUGGAGACCUGAAGAAUCUGAUCCAUGUGGGUGGAAAGGAGUACAAUGUGACCCAAAAUCAAAGCGAGUUACGUCCUUGAGUCUCUCUAAUCACAAGUUGAGUGGCCCUAUAUCACCAGAUAUUGGAAAACUAGAACAGCUGCAAUUCAUAUCACUUCAUCAUAACAACUUUUACGGGGAAAUACCUCCUCAGCUAGGAAACUGCACAAAGCUCAAGUCCUUGUUUUUUCAGGGUAAUUAUUUGAGUGGACGGAUUCCUGAUCAACUAGGAAACCUUCAUGAUCUUGAAAAUAUGGAUCUCUCUAGUAACUCGCUGAGUGGAAACAUGCCACAAUCAUUCGGGAAGUUAGACAAGCUCAUAUCACUAAAUGUGUCAAAUAAUUUUCUAAUUGGGCAAAUACCUUCUGAUGGACGUCUUGCCAACUUUCCAAGUGAUUCCUUUCUUGGAAAUCGUAAAUUGUGCGGUCAGCAAAUUAAUUCGCCCUGCAAUAAUGGUUCUGAAGGUCCUGUGUCAUUUUCUCAGGCUCCUAUUUCUGGCCAAGAUCAAAGUAAGAAAAAAGAUUCUGCGAGAAUGCUUAUAAGUGCUAUGGCCACAGUAGGUGCUUUGCUUUUGGUUGCACUAAUGUGCUUCUGGGGCUGCUUUCUCUACAAGAGGCUGGGUAAAAAUGAUCACAGGGGCCUCUCAAUGGAUGUUGGUGCAGGUGCUUCGGUCGUCAUGUUCCAUGGGGAUUUACCAUACUCUUCGAGUGAUAUUAUCAGAAAGUUGGAGACACUUAAUGAAGAACACAUAAUUGGCUCUGGUGGAUUUGGAACAGUAUACAAGCUUGCAAUGGAUGAUGGAAACAUCUUUGCCUUGAAAAGGAUCAUCAAAAUGAAUGAGGGCUUUGAUAGAUUUUUUGAAAGGGAACUCGAAAUUCUCGGAAGCAUUAAACACAGACAUCUGGUAAAUCUGCGAGGGUAUUGCAAUUCUCCAACAUCAAAGUUGUUAAUAUAUGAUUUCUUACCUGGAGGCAGCCUAGAUGAAGCUCUCCAUGAGAGAUCUGAACAACUGGACUGGGAUGCUCGAGUAAUGAUAAUAACGGGAGCAGCAAAAGGGCUGGCAUAUUUGCAUCAUGAUUGUUCACCUCGGAUUAUACACCGCGACAUAAAGUCUAGCAACAUCUUACUUGAUGUUAACCUUGCUGCCUGUGUGUCCGACUUUGGAUUGGCCAAAUUACUUGGAGAUGAGGAGUCUCACAAAACAACAAUUGUAGCAGGCACAUUUGGGUAUCUAGCACCAGAAUAUAUGCAAAGUGGUAGAGCCACAGAAAAGACAGAUGUGUAUAGUUUUGGGGUUCUGGUACUUGAGAUAUUAAGUGGAAGUCGUCCAACCGAUGCAUCAUUCAUUGAGAAGGGCCUUAACAUUGUUGGUUGGUUAAAUUUUCUGGUCACUGAGAACAGACCACAGGACAUAGUGGAUCCAUCCUGUGAAGGCAUGCAGGCAGAAAGCCUUGAUGCCAUGCUUUCAAUUGCAAUACAAUGUGUGUCUUCAAACCCAGAGGAUCGACCCACUAUGCAUAGGGUACUUCAGCUACUUGAAUCUGAAGUCAUGACACCAUGUCCUAGUGACUUUUAUGACUCUAGCUCUGAUUGAAGCAGUAAGAAUGCUUAUAAUCUCAGACAACUUCCAGGAGCUUCAGUUUUGGUUUCUGCCGUUUCGAUCCUUGGAAUGUGCGAUCAUGAGCGUUAAGUAUGGAUGGAUCAUCACUACACAAACACGCAAUCAACUACCCUUCUGUGCAGCAGUUUUGCAACUUUUUUUUUCCCUUUUCAGGGUCUUGGUUUUAUACUUUUGUUCCUCAUGUGCGUUAUUAGCCUUGUUGUUCCACGUGUAUGCAAAGCUAUCAUCUGUAUUAUAACUCUCAUACCUUUUUUUUAUUACUUUUCCUUCCUUAAUUUUUCUUAACUUAUUGUUUCUAAAUUGAUUUGUAUAUUAAACUGAAAUUUCCCUAAAUUAGAGUAAAAACAAUGUGGUUUACAAAACACGAAUAUUUGUUUUUCACUAAAAUAGUUUGACAGCUUUUAG